UAUUGUAUUUGUCAUUUGGAUGACACAAUUAGCUGGCCUGCCUGCAUUGGCCAAUGAUGUUCGCUAACUCCAGGCAGUUAUCUGUCUAACUAUCGACGUUAGCCAGCUAGCGGAGGCCUGUUAAAGCUUUCAAGCGUAUCACGUUAUUUGUUAGCUGCUACACGAGACCUUGAAUUUAAAAAAUAGCAAGCAAAUUUUGUGAUCUUCCUAACUAUCUUCAACUACAGUAGUUAAUACAGUAACUAGCUAGCUGGCGCUGUUAUAGCCAACUAACUAGAUGUAUGGUUAACGUUAGCUAGUCAGACAGCAUUGCCGUUGUGGUAGUUAAGUUAGCAAGCGAGCUAACUAGUACUAUUUAAAGGCCUGUUGUGUAUUUAGGCCUCCCGUAUGGACCACAAUAUGAGACGUCAGUUGGCAGGAUUGCACGACUUUGUGGACACUACCGAGCAGUUUACAAUUAGCCAACACGAAAUACUGUGCGCAGACGCUGGCUGACAUCUGCACCACACACCCUAUUUUGAGGCUCCAUGGCAUGGAUAACGAGGGCGGUUCCCUGUUUUAGGGCUUGCUGAUGUUAGCUAAGUUACAUUAGCAAUGAGCGAGUGAUGCAAGAAUGUUUUGGUAGUUCAUAGUUAGUUCGCAACUGCACACGUUGUCUUCCAACUUGCUAGCUACACUACUCUUCUUUCCAAUGUCUAUCUCCAAUGCUAGCCCGUACUACUAGUUAAAUUAGGGACCAAUACCAGUCUAGUAGGCUACCAUUAUCGCACGAGUUGAACGUACUAUUAACGUUACCAAAAUCAUAAUGGAAAUGCACCAUGAUCGUUUCCAAAGACACUCGGCUUGCUAGUUGGCUAUGUAUGCAAUCUGCACAGAUACAAUUGUGAAUUCGUUAUUCUCUAUCUAGUACUUAACCAACAGCCUUAAACAUUUUACAUCGGUGUUGUCCGCUUAUCUACAUCAUUCUAAUAACUAAAGGGGGUCACGUUGGAAUAGAGCAGGGUUGGCCAAAUUCGGAUCUGGGGCCUCCCCUUCAUCCACGUUUUGGUUUCUGACCUAACACUACACAGCUGAUUAAAAUAACCAACUAACCAAGGUUUGAUUAUCUGAAUCCACUGUGUAGUGUUAGGGCAAAAACCAAAACGUUUGGGAAACCCUGGAGUAGAGGAGUGCUGCCUACAUUAAUUAACUUUAGCCUGCGAGUGAAAUAUGGAUUGACCACUUGGUGAAGUUGAAAGGUGCCCAGAGAUUCAGUUCAAACCAGGGGCGGGUGUCUGUGUUUCUAUUUUAAUCUGUUAACAUGGGACACAUCAGAUAUGACCAGGCUAGGUCUUGCUUUAGUGCUGGUUGGUUAUAUUCUUGGCUCCAGUGCUGGGUUCUAAUUCUAAAUGUAGAUGCCAAGACAGGUCAGAGACUGAGCAAGACUGUGCCAGAGUUUGGGUUCACAGGUCAGGGGAAGAUCACAUCUGGAAACAGGUUGCCAAAGUAGACUGACUGGUCUGGUACAUCACCCUGUGUCUCGUUCAUUAACUGCUAUAUUCUGGGAGUAACUUCACUGGUCUUGGCUGUACACAUAACAGUGCUAUUGGAAUCCAUGUUGGGUUUUGAUAGCUGAGGAAUGCUCAACUCUUCUCUUUUAUAUCGAGGAGAAGUUGAUUAUUGAUAACAUGUUGUGUGAUUUGACGGCAACAACUGAGUUGCCAUCAAUAUUUUUAUUGACUACAACCACCUACUUUCCUGAUUUGUUUUGCUCAACUCUGUGUGAAAGCGCUUGUGCCAACUGAAUCUGUUUUACGUAGUACAUCAAGGCUGUUGCGUCUCCAGUUAAGCAACAACGAGGAGAAAUUAGGUUGUAUUCAAUGAAAGUAUGAAUUUCAGUGUUCCCCGUGAAAGGACCACAGUUAGUUACAAACUUAGGUACAUUUAAAAACGCCUACAAGUAUCGACUGACGGGACUAUUUAUUUAUUUUGCUCCUUUGCACCCCAUUAUUUUUAUUUCUACUUUGCACAUUCUUCCAUUGCAAAACUACCAUUCCAGUGUUUUACUUGCUAUAUUGUAUUUACUUUGCCACCAUGGCCUUUUUUGCCUUUACCUCCCUUCUCACCUAAUUUGCUCACAUUGUAUAUAGACUUGUUUUUUUACUGUAUUAUUGACUGUAUGUUUGUUUUACUCCAUGUGUAACUCUGUGUCGUUGUAUGUGUCGAACUGCUUUGCUUUAUCUUGGCCAGGUCGCAAUUGUAAAUGAGAACUUGUUCUCAACUUGCUUACCUGGUUAAAUAAAGGUGAAAUAAAAAAUAAAAAAAUAAACUCAAUGGUGUUGCUAUCAAAUCAAGCAACCUGCUAUUAAUAACUCAACUCCAUAAUAUAAGGGACUUGAGUGUUGUCAUUGCAUUGUCAUGGAUGUUCUAAAAUGGGGGACAUUUCCAUUGAAAAUAAGAAUUUGUUCUUAACUGACUUGCCUGGUUAAAUCUGGGAAUUCGAGGGCCGCCAGUUGCCCAUCCCUUGCCCUAGAUAAAAGCUCAGUGAGAGAAGGUCUGACGUGUCCCACUGGGGGGCUCAUGUAUUCCCCCGGCUCUCACUGCUCUAGAUACGGUUAUAAGCACCUUACAGUUUGUCUGGGGAGGGGUGUGUGAGAGGAUAUGUGGUGGGUUUGUGUUUACACUAGUGGGGAGAGGCUGGAAAAGGGGAGAAGUACCAGUAAAUGGAGGUUUCUGUGACCUUAACAACACUAGAAGGGGUCAUGUAGAGUCCCCUUUGGAGUAGGAUAGGGCAGUGGACGUUCUACCUCUGUAAUCAUUGACUACCACUGACCAAUCAGUCAUGUCUCCAUGUCACCUCCUCUUAUGAUGCAACUGGUCAGUAAACCAAUCAAUUUGAUCCAUAGUUAAAGUAAAAACAACCCCCGCAGUUAGCCUGCCCUUUCAACAACCUUAUGCACAAUUAGAGUAAUGCUUAAUAUCAAAUCUCAGUAUGGAUCAACAUUUUGCUUCCACCUCUUUUAGCUGUUUCCUGUCUUCAGAUCAAUCUGUUUAGCCUGCCCCUCUACAUCCUGUUGUUUCUUAGCACUAUGAAUCUUGGUGUCAGUGUGACUUAUGAAUUGUGAGUCAGUAGGUUAUGAAUUGUGGGUGAGUAGUAUCUUUGUAUCAGUAUGAUUCAUGAUGAAUAGUGAGUCACAUUGUUAGUGCCUUUACUGAUUUGGCUCCUCCUCACUGAGCUCUCUGAGUCUGUACUGAUGCAGUUUGAACAACUGUCACAGUUUGGUUUAGUCUUUCUCUGCAGAGCCCUUUCUUUCUCUCUUUCUCAUUUAUCAUCUCCAGUUUAUAUUUUCUCUCUCCUCUGUGGAUAGGUAGGACUGUGCACUCGCUGCUUGGUCGACCACGGUAACCACCACCAUGCCGUUCCCCUUUGGCAAGUCCCACAAGUCGCCGGCGGACAUCGUCAAGAACCUGAAGGACAACAUGACUGUGUUGGAGAAACACGACAUCUCUGACAAGAAGGCUGAGAAGGCCACGGAGGAGGUGUCUAAGAGCCUCGUGGCGAUGAAGGAGAUUCUGUAUGGCACCAAUGAGAAGGAGCCCCAGACAGAGGCGGUGGCCCAGCUGGCCCAGGAGCUUUACAACAGCGGCCUGCUCAGCACCCUCGUAGCUGACCUGCAGCUCAUCGACUUUGAGGGUAAGAAGGAUGUGGCUCAGAUCUUCAACAACAUCUUGAGGCGUCAGAUCGGGACACGGACGCCCACGGUGGAGUACCUCUGUACUCAGCAGAACAUCCUCUUCGUGCUGCUCAAAGGGUACGAGUCUCCAGAGAUCGCUUUGAACUGUGGCAUCAUGCUGAGGGAGUGUAUCAGGCACGAGCCGCUGGCCAAGAUCACUCUGGGGGCCGAGCAGUUCUACGACUUCUUCAGAUACGUGGAGAUGUCCACGUUCGACAUCGCUUCAGACGCAUUCGCCACUUUUAAAGACUUGCUAACGAGACACAAGAUUCUGAGUGCAGAGUUCCUGGAGCAGCAUUACGACAGGUUCUUCAGUGAAUAUGAGAAGUUACUCCACUCUGAGAACUACGUGACUAAAAGGCAAUCCCUCAAGUUGCUGGGAGAGCUUCUUCUCGAUCGACACAAUUUCACCAUCAUGACGAAAUAUAUCAGCAAGCCAGAGAAUCUCAAGCUAAUGAUGAACCUUCUUCGAGACAAAAGCCGCAACAUCCAGUUUGAGGCCUUCCAUGUCUUCAAGGUGUUUGUGGCCAACCCCAACAAGACACAGCCCAUCUUGGACAUUCUUCUGAAGAACCAGACCAAACUCAUCGAGUUCCUCUCCAAGUUCCAGAACGACAGGACGGAGGACGAACAGUUCAAUGAUGAAAAGACGUACCUGAUCAAACAGAUCAGAGAUCUGAAGAGGCCGUCCCCCCAGGAGGCCUGAGGGAGGGGCUUAAGGGGUCCAGACAACAUCUGGAUAACGGACUCAUCAGCAGCCGCUGCUGUUCUGGUUUUUCCACCAUUUUGAGGAAGAAAAAAAAUAACGCGCCCACAUCAAGUCAUCAGGAAGUCUCCCGCUCAUUCUGCUGUUCAACGCAAUGGACAUUAGAUGUAUUUUUUUCUAUUUUUAUUUCUAGUAUCUCCUUUUAAAAAGAUGAACAUAAUAGAUGAUGCUUGUUUCUUCCACAUUAAGACAUGUGGAAGGGUAACAUCAACAACACAACAAAGGUCAUUCAAACAUAGUAACAUCGAAAUCUACAUUUGAGUGCUAUGCAGACUUCUGACACACACGUAGUGCUAUAAUAUCAACAUAAACCUUGAGGUGAAAAGGUACUAGCAAAGUGAGCAUGGUUGCAUGCCUUGUUCGAAUGUGACAGAUCAAUCGCUGUACUUGGCUAAACGCUGGCCCUGUCUACUUAGUGUCACAGUCUGCAAAAAGCACGUACCAGCUACAACUCUUAUCUAUGCUUUCAUCGUAUACAGCAGCAACAGUGAUACAUUUUCAAAUGGGCUCUCCAAUGGCCUCAUACCAAACCAUGCAGCUAUUGGUGUGUUGUGAAACAGCACAAAGCGAAUGAUAUGGGUAAAAUGCUAGAUAUUAUUUCGGUACAGGCCUGACUUGUUCUGGGACAGGGUGAACAUGUACAUAUUACUUUUAUUUUUGCUUUGUAGAUUUUGUUGAAACAUUGACAAAUGAAUAUAUAUAUUUUACCUUAAAUCAAGUUUUACGGUAAUUCUAAUCAAAUUCAUUUUUAAGAGGAAAAGUCUGUCUUUUUUUUUUUUUUGCAUUUAAUUUGACUGCUGAAUUUAAAUGGUGGCUGGUUUUUCUUUGUACAUAAUGUCCAGCCAGGGCCAGCUCUUACAUUGUUAACCUAGAGGACAUUACUAAUAAUUAGUACAGCUGGGGAAUGUAAUGGUAUUAGCCCAGAUCUCUUAAUCCUCUUAUCUUUCCGUCUGUAUUUCAGUAACUCGGACGACUAAAAUGUGCUGGGGUGCCAGGACAGUGGGGUGGAGGGGAGGCCUGGAGGGAAUGGGAUGGGGCAAGGUGAUAACUAAAACAUCAAGCCUGUGUGUUUGUGCUGAGCAGCCAGCCAAUGGUCACCUUCCCCUGCUCAGACAUUGCAUGUAUCAACCAAUGGUUGCAUGCCACGUCAUCCACUGAGAGAUUGCUAUAACAUAUGUGGUUAGCUGAUACGUAAAAUAUAUCCUAUACAAGCAUUGUAAGAUCUGGCAGGUGUCAGCAAUGCCUGGGUAGAGGAACACGCCCUCCAUCACCCAACUGGAAUCUGAUCCGGGAGGGGGAUUUCAGAGGAUCACAUCAUUCUUCCCCCCCACUCAUCCACUCUGGUUUAUUAUGAUAUUCACUGCUUUCUGGUGGUGUUGCACCAUAUCUAGUGAGCUUCAGGAGUUGACAAUUAUUUGGCACAUUCAAAUAUUUCCCCUUUACCACCCAGUUUGAGCCUUUUUCAUUGGGGUUGAAAUUCCAGUACAAUUCCAGAGCAUUAAGUAUGUUCUUUGGAGAUUGUUUAAAUGUUUACUUUACACUGACUGAGCUAAUCUGCCAUUUGAAACACCGUAUUUAUUUGAGGGAUGGAGUUGAUUGGAUAAUAUGAAUAUAUUGCAUAUAUACCACUCAAAAGACAUGUUUACUUGCAGUGAAGGAUAUGUUCCGAGAGUGAUGUUGAGCCAAGUGCUUUUGACUGAAAGCUCAAGAUAUCCCAAUAGAUGGCAGAUCAACCAUUUCAUUGUGCAAACCAACAGAGACCAGUAUUCCUCAAUGCAUACUUAAAUUGCAUGUUCCUCUACUGGCUGCAUGGUACUCUCUACAAGCAAUGUUGUACUGGAAUUUUCUUCCAAAAAUAACAAAUGACCAUUUGAGAGAGCUUGAAAUUAUUUGGCUAUGUCUAACCUUUGACUCUAGUCCCAGCACAUUGAGUGUGUGGGUGCUUUCAGUAGUGUCAAAGGCUUUGGCCUUACCAUCUAAACAUAAAUAAAUGAAAAACAUUUGGAAUAAAUUUAA